UGUGCAGUUGCACAGCAUAGGUGGAAUAACGUUAGCACUGAGGCCACUCCUGUGACAGUUUCAGCACCGCUUGUAUUGCUUUGCAGAAAGUGAGGAUGUAUUUAAGUGUGCAUGGGUGAAUGAUUUUGCUUUUAGUUUAGUUGUAGAGAAUCCAAUUUAACUGACAAUCGAACAUUACAGAGCCUAGCUAGCCAAGUGACAAAAUGGAAGAGGACCAGGCAGCGAGUCGUUACCAAGUGUUACACAAUGAGGACGAUCCCUCUGGAGUGUCCACCAGUCCUGAGGCGUCCACCUGCACCCACAUAGCCCCUGUGGAAGAAACCAUGCCAGUGGAGCCCGAGGCCCCACCUCCUCCUUAUGCUAGUGUCGCUUUGGGAGCAAGUGCACUUCCAGAGAGCAGCUUUGGGUGUGAGUUCCCUGUGCCACCCCCAUAUAGUGUUGCUACCUCCUUGCCCACUUAUGAUGAAGCAGAGAAUGCCAAAGCUGCAGCUAUGGCAGCUGCUGCAGUGGGGGUGUUGCAGCAGGAAGAAGUUUUUCACCCUCGAGAGGACUUUUGUGAUGCUGAUCAGCUUAGAAUUGGCAAUGAUGGAAUAUUUAUGCUGGCCUUUUUCAUGGCCUUUCUUUUCAACUGGAUUGGCUUCUGCCUGUCUUUCUGCCUGACCAACACUAUAGCAGGCAGAUAUGGGGCCAUCUGUGGCUUUGGGCUGUCUCUUAUCAAGUGGAUCCUCAUUGUCAGGUUUUCUGAUUACUUUAAUGGAUACUUCAAUGGGCAGUAUUGGCUUUGGUGGAUAUUCCUUAUUCUUGGCCUGUUGCUCUUCUUCAGAGGAUUUGUGAGCUAUCUGAAAGUGCGUAACAUGUCUGAAAGCAUGGCAGCAUCUCACCGAGCACGGUUCUUCUUCAUGUAUUAGUGGUGUCCUGGAGAGGGUCCCUGCUCAUCACUUCUCCACUGGAGUACCUCAAGGCUCUAUUUUGGGUUCACCUGUUUCCCCUUUAAAUCUAAUGUCUGGGUACUCUGAUUGUUUCCCUUAUUUUGUCAUCUCCAUGCAAUUUGUGUAUAGUAACAGUAUCUCAUUUCAUUCUCUUCUUUAUCUCACUGUUCUAACAGAUUUUAGCAAGUCUGUGGGAUCUCUUUUUGAAAGAAUUCCCUCCAGUUAAAAUGGGACAUUCCCGAAUCUGAAAAACAAGAAAAAAAAAGUCUCCUUAGUGCAUCAUCCCAUCUGCUGACGUUGCCAUAUAUCUUGAAUGUAUGUGUCUGUUUGCCAACACUUGUCUGUCUUCUGCAUGCUUUUAACUGAUGCAGAAUUCUGCUUCUUACUAUUCUUAAAAAAGCUUAGCUUUCUUCAUUUGGUGCUUGUUCCUGCUCAUAUUACAUUGCAUUCAACUGUUUGGACAGCAUUUUUUGAAAGACUUUGGAAGUUAUACAUUUGCCCACACACUGUACAUUGGGGUAGCUUUAAUGAAACUGAACAUUGUCAUAUGUUUUUAAAUAUUCUUUCUUCAUAGAAGACCAAUCUGCAGACGUAUUGGCAUCUAGACCUGUCAUAAUCACUUGUGAAAGUGGAAAAAAUCAAAUGUUGAACAAUCAUUUUAAGAUCAAAUGUUGCGUUAUGCAGUCCUUGUGUUUUGGACAGCCCUUACCAAACUGGAAAAAGAACACAACACAGAAGCAAUUUAUGUACCUAUGAUUGGGUAAACAUAAUCAAGUUUAUUGUGGAGGUAGUGGAGAGGUAACCAAUGAGAUAUAAGAGUCGAGACAUUUGUUAGGUAAAGCACUUUUACUUCAGAGACUUCUGAGAAAAAAAUACGAGUGUAUGAGUGUGUGUUUUUACAUUGUGAUGUAUCAAAAUUGGCUUUAUUUAGUGUAUUAUCACUACAGCAUAAUAAUUUCAAUACUACAGUCACAACAGUGAUUGUUUUGCAGCAUGUUUAUUAAUAAAACAUGGUUGUGCUAUCAUUUCUAUUUACCACAAGAUUUCCUGUGUGCAGCCUCAAAAAUUAAUGUGGCUCCUGCUUCUAAAGUGCCUCAAAAUCCUAUAAGGACUAAAGGCACUAUAGUAAUGUAUUUUGUAUUGUAUUUAACCAGGCUCAAGGGAACAGGAGCUGUCAAACUAAACUUCUCAACUGUAACUAAGUGCAUACAUUAAACUUGCUGCCAGAUAUUUCUAAGCUGAAAGGAGUAUGUUAAGUCACAGCCUCAUUAAUCUUCCAAAUUGUAUAUGAGUGUAAACAUGGACCUAUCAUGCGAUAUCAACAGGCUUCAUCUGUAUCACAGUUUCAAAAAAAGAGACUCAGAUAUACAACCAAGAAACUCCUUUCAAUUGUCCCUUUACCAAAUUUCUGAGUUCAAAUUAUAGCUUGUUGUCCUUUAUUUUUCCCAGUUAUUGCCUUGGUAACUUCCACAUUUUUUAUUCAGUAUGUAUGGACUUAAAAUUCGUAAGGAGAGUUUUCUUCCUGUGAUCCUUCAGCCAAUCUUUUAAGCUGCUCAUAUGAUCAUGACCGUGUAUGUCAAUAAAUGAAUGCACUAUAUACUAAUUACUGUCUAGGUUAUGACCGUCUUACUCAAAGUAGUACAUAUGUGUAUAGCAUUAGGAGUCUGUUUUGGAAUGGAAUUUUUAUUGUAUUUUUGCACAUUUUUUGUAAAGUCCCUGUGCAGUACUGUGCAAUUGCAAGAUGCAACAACAGUCAUUCUGUAAAUGAGUGGGUGGGUACGUUGUUCCCACCUUUUGGUAUUCUUCACAUUGAAAUUGAUGGAUGGCUUGUAGAUGGCACUGUGCAACAGGGCUAGCUGGGAAAGCUGUAAUGCAUUUUAGCUUGUAACUAUAUCUAUCAGUGAGCCAGUGUACGCUAAACUAGGUAAUAUCAGCCAGAUGAUUGCAGACAUUAGCAGUUAAAACAUAUAUUGUAAAUUUGUUUAGGCAAAAGGAUAAUCUUGACUGCAGGCUUUGGCAUGUGAGCCAACAGUCCAUUUGAAUCAGAGCAUGGCUGGUGCAUGUUAGUACAGUAGUGCCGAUCGUAUUAAUUGACUUGUUUUCUUGAUGUUUACUAUUACAUUGUAAGGCAUACAGACUCCUUGGGUCCUCCUUUGUAGCCAGUGGUGACAGUUUGAAAAUUUAACAACAAUAAGUUGACUGUGUUGCAUCAUAGAUGUGCCAAAUGUGAAACGACAUGUACAUGACUGCACAGGGACUUCAUAUAUCAGUGUUGGUUAUUUUAAAAUCAACAC